AGGGGUUUUCCCUGGCCCCUCCCCCCUCCCUCCCUCCUCCCUCCUCACUCACGCGCAGGGCGUUCACGUGUUGCAACAGGCAUUAGAAAAAAACAACAAAAAAAAAAAUAGAAGAAGCCAAAAACGCGAUUCCCACGCAUUGUUUCUCGCUGACUUCACCGCACGCUGCUGCAGUUGAAUCCCCCCCAAAAAACCGACUCGCUCCCGUGAUCUGCGGCGUUUAUUCAUCGUCGUUGAAUAUGGCUGCUCACCCUCUCAUGCAAUUUAAAAAAAAAAAAAAAAAUCAUAAAAGAAAAUUAAAAAGAAAAUCCUGCAUCGAUCUGUAUCGACACGUCACGACGUUUAUUGGUCUGAUUCGUGAGCCGUGUCCCGCCACACCGUCAGUGCCGUGCGCGUGGCGCGGCCGUGCGCGCGCCGCCGCCUCCACGUCACGCCCCUGACUGACCCGUCCUCAGGUGUGAGCGGAAGUCAUUAGUCACCUGCCCGAGUGCAUUCCUCCUGCCCGGCGAGGACAUCGCUCCUCACUGCGCACGCAUCACCGCGCUCUCCUCCUGUCCGUAUCUGGGUGUUCCCCUCAAGUAUCUGUGCACACACACACACUCACACACACACACUGACAGACAGACAGACACUGCCAGAGGAAACUGUGCACGUCUUCCCGCCUCACCCGCGUCGUCUAUAACCUGCACCGACUCGAAUGCAACAAAAAAAUCCCUUCAUCCUCCUGCAGCGGUGAAGCAGCGGGACAGAUGUACCCAGACUGUGGCUCAGGAGUCGGCUCGUCUCAUGGUCCAGCGGUAGACAACACUUUCUCCAAGAUGCACCUGUGAGCUGAGGCGGAAAAGAUGCCGCGCACCAAGCAGAACAACCCGAAAAACUUAAAAGAUAAAAUCGAAGAGGCACAGAAAGAGCUGAAAGACCCCAAAGGCUCACAGAAAGGACUAUCUGAAAGCAGUCGCAGAAAUGCAGAUAAUAUAAAAGGCCUAAAGAGGAAAAAGAUUGUUGCAGAGAAUCAGCUCAAGAAAAUUCCCAAAUCUCCAGUGAAGAAGCCCCUGCAAUCGAAAGCAUCUGAAACUGUGCUCCACGGAGUAUCGUCCAAGGAAAGUACACCUUCUUGCUCCUCCUCCUCAAAUAGUCCUUCCCACAAUUCUUUAACAUCCCCCAGUGGGAAAAGAGACCCACACAAUGCCUCACCUGUUGCAGCAUCCCCUGACAAGGGGUCAUCUUCAACUGAUGCUGAAAGGCUGAAGCAGGAAGAACCGUCUCCUAGGCCACCAUCACUUGAGCCUACACAUGUUGAGGACGGCUCUCUGAUUACUGAGGUGUCUCAGCCCAAAGACAUCAAGAGCGAAAACCCCAGCUUUGAGGGAGAUCCUUACAACAGCAGUGCUCCGCUUGAUGUUCUACUUAAGGCCAUGGAGCCUGACUUCAGUACACUGGCUGAGAGGACAAACACCUUGCAGGUCGCAGCCAUUGGAAAACCAGCUUCCACUCUUUAUGCUCAAUCCAGUGGUGAAUUAACUACAAUGCCAGCUGUCAAUGUUGCUCUCCAUACCCAACCUCCCCAUAUGCAGACUUAUUAUAUUGACAAACAAGGAAACUUUAUUGGCAUUGCUGCACCAUUACAGGGAAAUGUGCAGACAUCUACACAGGGUACACCAAUGCAGUCAUCUCCACUGGCCACACCACAAUUUAUGCCUGUUGCUUCAAAUCCAGAAAAGCCUGCCUUGCACAUGAGCUUUAACACUGGACCAUCCACUAUAACUCAUGCACCUGUUCCCUCAGGUUCCAAUGCUUUGCCACAAAGCCAGCCACCCAUUGUGCACACAUGCCAGUCCAUCUCAGCAAGUGUUCCCAGUACCAUUCAGGUCCCAGUGACACCUGGCAGCAACCAAGUUCAGAUGGCUACUAUUAUGAACUUUGGUGCUGAACAGGUUUCCAGGGACCAAAAGCCUAAGAAACCAGGAAAGUAUGUUUGUGAAUACUGCAACCGGGCAUGUGCAAAACCCAGUGUGCUGCUCAAACACAUCAGGUCCCACACAGGAGAAAGACCAUAUCCCUGUGUCACUUGUGGCUUCUCAUUCAAAACCAAGAGCAACUUGUACAAGCACAAGAAAUCACAUGCGCAUGCUAUAAAACUGGGUCUCAUAGCACGCUCGGAAUCUGGAGGUGGAUCACUAUCUCAAGAAUCUGACAAAGCCCUUGGGACACAUUCAGAGGCGGAGGAAAGUGGGGACAGCGACGAGGAAGGUAGCACGGCAGACUUGGACCCUGACUCAUCACAGAGCAGUGUGGCAGCUUUGUCUGAAAAUAGUUUACAGAAUGCAGGUACAAACCAAGCAAGCCAUGGGGAAGUGGAUUCACCAGCCAUGUUUGACUCGGCCAAACCAGCACCUGGCCACAGGGCUAAUGAGCCCAAAGUAACAGCUGCACUUCCAAAGGUUGUUGUGUACCCGGUUAACGUCUCCCCUCUGAGAGCAGAUAGCCCAAGAGUUACAGGUGCAGCACCUGAACAAGCUGCUGCUCAACGACAACGAGACUUCCAGACUGCUAACAUGAGAUCAAGCAUCACUGUCUUGUCAUCUCUGAAAGAGGUGGAUGGUGCAAAUCCCUCACUAGAUACUGUAAGCGAAGAUGAGGACCAGCAGUGCAAGUCUCCACUGUUAGGUGGACAUGCUCAGCUUCAGAGGCAACAAGCAACAGACUUUUCUCAACAGCAACAAUCUAAGUGUCUACUUAGUCCGCGCAGUUUGGGAAGUACAGAUUCUGGCUACUUCUCACGCUCUGAAAGUGCUGACCAGGCCAUGAGUCCACCCAGUCCUUUUGUAAAGAUAACUCCACCAGUAGACAUCGACAUUGCCAAGAAUACUCUUCCAAAUAUCCCCUCUGUGGUUGCCACAGUGAUGCAUGUAGCAGCUGAGCAAAAACCACAGGCCACAGUUGGACAGAUGCGUCCACCAUUAGAAACCAAAGCACUAUCUCUGGAGGAACGCAUUUCAAAGUUGAUAUCUGAUAAUGAGGCAGUAGUUGACAACAAGCAGCUGGACAGUGUGAAGCCAAGGAGGACAUCUCUCUCAAGGAGAGGUAGCAUCGACUCUCCUAAAUCAUACAUAUUUAAAGACUCUUUUCAGUUUGAUCUUAAGCCAAUUGGAAGAAGGUCAAGUUCUAGUUCAGACAUCCCCAAGUCACCAUUCACCCCCACAGACAAAUCUAAACCAGUAUUUCUUCUCUCUGUACCUUCUCAAUACCCACCAAUGGACUGUUUGCCAAUUACAAGGAGUAACUCUAUGCCUACUACACCUGGACACUCUGCUCUUCCCCUUAAUAUUGCCCCCCUUCCCCAUCCUUUGCGAAUUUGUCAGUCAUUUGAUGAAAAAAUUAGUUUGUUGAAUGAUGAUGUAUUUUCCUCAGCCCCAUCGACCCCAAAUCCAGCUAUACAUUCUCGUACAUUAGUCAGACAAGCAGCAGUGGAGGACUUUUCCACAAGUGAAGGACAUGGCCUCCCCACUGUUCGCUCCAUGGAUGAGGGCUAUCACGGUCCAAGCAGUUCCACUGAAGUGGUGCAAAGAAGCAGAUCCUUUGAGCAUAGUCAGGACAGAAACAGAAAGCCUCUGCAGAACAAAGGCACAAUGUAUGAGUGUGAAACCUGUCGUAAUCGGUACAGAAAGUUAGAGAAUUUUGAAACUCACAAGAAAUUCUAUUGCUCUGAGCUCCAUGGCCCAAAAAACAAGCCAAGUGCUGUUAAAGAAACUGAACAAGAUGUUUUCCAUGUUAACCUACAGCACCCAAUGGUCCCUAGAUCAACUAGUGGCACAGGGAUACUUGAUCAACAGACAUCAAUUAGAAAAAGAAGGAAAAUGAAAAGUGUUGGGGAUGAGGACGAUCAAUCUCCAACUGACACCACUCCACCUUGUUCUGUUACUUAUGAACAACCAACAGCUCUGGCAAGUCAGACUUUUUCUCAACAUGCUGUAAUAGUAGACAUACAGCCCAAAAACAAUCAGCCAAAGCUACAUCAGAUUCAGCUCAUAGCAAGAGGUAUAACUACUUCAGAUUCCAGACUGUCACCAAUUCGAGAGACCCAGAUCAGCACUUCCACUAAAGGAGACUUGCAAAGGCAAGGCAGUGGUACGUCAGUCAUUAGACAUACCAAUUCUCUCAGUAGACCCAAUUCAUUUGAGACAGAAUCAAUUGAUAGGGCCUCUCCUGUUGAUAGUACGGAGAAGGAUGUCCUUAACAAGCCCAAAACAGACGCAAUUACAAAUGUGUCAGCCGACAACUACCAUGAAGAAAUAUCCAAACCCAAGAGUACUGACUUUGGAAAACAAAUGAAGGAACAAUGCACUGAUUGCACAGGAGCAGCAGCAGGCGAAAACUCCACUCCAGUCCAUCAGUCGCGUUUGGUUCGUCAAAAUAACAUCCAAGUUCCCGAGAUUCUGGUCACAGAGGAACCUGAUAGAGAACAUGAAACACAAACAUCUGAACCACCAGAUAAACCUGCAGAUCAGUUCAACUGGCCUCAGAGAAGUGAGAGUUUGUCCAAGGUACCAGCAGAGAAACUGCCGCCUAAAAAGAAAAGAAUCCGUCUUGCUCAUAUGGACCACUCCUCUGGUGAAUCCAGUUUUGAGUCCAGCCUCUCACGAAGCCUCAGCAGGGACAGUAGUCUUUCUCGUUGUUCUAGCAUCUCAGCCUCUUUUGAAAGAGAUGAGACAUGUAGAUCAGAGAGUCCUUCAAGAGGGGAGUGUGUUGGGAAAAUUCCAGAGCCCCAAGGUUUGCCAACAGCCUUCAAUACCCUUGGCGUGCCUGGAAUGAUGAGACGUGCUGCAUCUGAACAGAUCACUUGUACUCAACCCUCUGUGGAGAUUUCAAGUGACUACCGUAGCAAGUCUUUUGACUGUGGAAAUGUAUCUCCCAGCAGAUCUCUAUCACCUGUUGGCCAGCCAAAAGUUGCGCAGGUGCCACUUAUUGAAAGGAGGCGGGGACCAUUAGUUCGACAGAUGUCUUUAAAAAUUGGCCCAGAGAGUCAGCAACCUAUUCGGAAAGCAGUUAUACCUCUAGAUAAACCUCCCAUGACAAAUGUUAGCUCUUUAACUCCUAAUAGGUCCCAGCAGAUUCACAUUGCCAAUAGGCGCCCCAUGGCUCAGCCUUUUAUCCUGCAUAGUGGUGAAGCACCCUUGCAAAAGAGUGAGCAAAUGGUGCAAAGCAUUAAUUUGGGUAGCCCAACUCAGCAGCCUCAAAUCCACGGCCUUCCACACCCUUGGCAUCAAACAUCAAGGGUCCAAAUAUGCCAAAAGAUACCACGACCGCUGAGCCAGAUCUUAGUUUGUCACGAGAAUGUCCAAAACAAACCAACUGAAGAAAAGAAAUGUUUUGUGCCCAAAUACCAACUGCAGUGCCCCGCUAUGAGAGCAAGCCAAACGUUUUCAUUCUCCGGCACACAGGGAACUCAGAUAGCCUUGCCAGUUUUAACGAUACCUAUUGCCAAUCCCAUUUUGAACAUUUCAAAAUCGCCAGAUGUAAUCCAAAAUGUAUAUGUUGCUCAACCCAAUCAACAGGCCUCUGAGAUUAAGACACAGACUGUAGUUUUGUCAGGCGAAAAGCAAAGUAACCCAUUUGAUCAGACCCAAGCAGGAGCAAUACCCUUGCCACAGAUCCUAAUAACUCAUGAGCAGAUGCACCCUGCUCCCUCUGUGUCCAGUAGAAAUAGCCUCUCGUCCACUCACAGUGUAGAUGGCGACGCACAUGCUGUACCAACUGCAAACAACGAUCGGAUUCAAACUCAAACAGUUGGCACUCAUAACCACAUUGGAGAACGAGCACUUUCUUAUGGGUCUUUACACUGCACACAGAAACUAGCAUCAGUGACUCUAUGCCCACAGCAGGAACCCACUGCUUCAAGUAAACGAAUGCUGUCGCCUGCCAAUAGCUUGGACAUCUUCAUGGAAAAGCACCAAAAGCGGGCUAAGGACGAGCACGGUGUAGCCUGUCUAACUGAUGGCAGAUCAGUGAAUUAUCUUAACUCCAAGAUGUCAGAGGUAACCCGGCAGCGGAAGUUCACACUUGUUAGGCAGGUUUGCACAACUGAACCAGUGGACAGUCCCAUUGAAACUGAGGCUCCACCUCUGCCCCAAAGUAAAACCGAUGGAGUGAAGGACUCGGAGGCUACUGAUGAUGUUAAACCUAUGUCACCUGACAGUACCGGGCUGGCAAAAGACACAAACACUGUUAUUCACGAUGCAGGCCCUGCUGUGAAUACUACACUUGGAAGCCACGGCAUCUGCAUACCAGCGAAUGACACUCUGAGGCCCCGAGAAAAAGCUGAGGAACAGAGGUGGACCCCGGCGAAAUCCCCUAUCAAGCCUUCCAGUUUCCAUGGGGGUCAGGUGAAACUGACCACAUCUGUUUCUGUGGUUAACACAAAAGACAGUCACCGCCUGUCUUUCCCGAGCCUGAAGACUGCCACCACAUUCACAUGGUGUUUCUUAAUGAAGAGGAAACCGCUGCAUGUUCCACAGACUGACCUGAAGACUUCGGCAUAUGCAGCCUGGACUGUCAGCCCCAAUAACCCAAACCCACUUGGGUUGCCAACUAAGGUGGUCAUGUCUCUGUUCGACUCCAAGCAGAGCUCCAAGAAAAUACACUACACCUCGGCCAUAAGAACCAGCGGAAAAUCUGACUUCUUGUCCUACUCAGGCAAGCUGAAAGAUGUCAUGCCCAGGCUGCCAAUAACCCAGAGGUCUGUAGCAGUUGACAGCAGAGUUAAAGUGCAACCAGAAAAUCAAGCCAGCAACGACUCAGACAAGGACUUGGUAUCUAAAACGGAGCCAAGAAGGGUGAAGAUAUUUGAUGGCGGAUUCAAAUCUAAUGAAGAAUAUGUUUACGUACGUGGGCGUGGACGUGGUAAAUACAUCUGUGAGGAAUGUGGAAUCCGCUGUAAGAAACCCAGCAUGCUGCGCAAACACAUCCGCACCCACUCUGAUUUCCGGCCAUACCACUGUGUCCACUGCAACUUCUCCUUCAAGACAAAAGGAAAUCUGACCAAGCACAUGAAAUCCAAGGCCCACAGUAAGAAAUGCCUGGAGAUGGGGGUGCCGGAGGGUCUCACUGACGAUCAGGAUGCAGAGGACUCUGGAGACCGCAGUCACGUGGGCAGCGCGGACCGCCAAGAUUCAGACGGCGACGACUCUGACGGCCCCGACGAUGAGGAGAAUGAUGACAACGAGGAGGAAGAGGAGGACAGCCAGGCCGAGUCCGGCCUGUCCACCAACCCAUCUGUCUCUGCCAGCCCACAGCACAUCCCAUCCAAAGAGGCCGAAAUCCCUCCCAGCGCCCUACUGGCCCAGAUGUCAAUCAGCUCCCUCUCUCUGUCCCAGCCUCCGGCUCCUGAAUCCCUCACGUCAGACUCGGAGUCUGUCCCCAUGAUGAGCCCUGUGUCCCUCUGCAAGCAGAUAUCCAUCUCGGGGUGCUUCUACAGCCCGCUGCCCCUCCCCAUUUCACCUCAGCCUGUUGCAACCGCAUCAGAGUCCUACACCUCAGACACAGAGUCGGUGCACAUGAUGAGCCCAGUGUCACCGUGCAGGCAGAUGUCCGUCGACUUCCCUGACUUUGAUGUGCCCCCUAGUCCCCCAGUGCCAGGAAAGGGCACCAAGCCAGGCCAGGACACCUCCAUUUCUACUCCUGCUGCGGUGACCAGCGACCCGGGCAUACCAGUGGACCGGAGCACCCAGACCUCUUCCUAUGCGUCUCAAGGACCAGUGCUCUUCCCACCACAGGGUCUAUCCCAAACACCAGGACCCCAGACCCACUUGUUCAGUCACCUACCCCUGCACUCCCAGCAGCCGUCUCGCUCCUCGUACAGCAUGGUCCCGGUUGGGGGGAUCCAGCUGGUGCCCGCUGGCCUGGCAGCCUACUCCGCCUUUGUCCCUCUCCAGGCUGGCCCCGUCCAGCUCACCAUCCCAGCAGUGAGCGUCAUUCACAGAAACACGAGCCCGCUACCGGCUGCCAACACUCCAUCCCAGCCGGAGGGCUUGCAGACCCAGCCCCUCGUGGUCCAGGAGCCAAUCAGUAGUGUUGUCCCCUGCUUCCCACUUGGGCAGGUAACGGGCCUGCAGGCUCAAACAAUACAACCAAUGGGUCUGGAGACGUUUAACCUCAUGGGGCUGACCAACACAGGCCUCACAUCCACCCAGCUGCUGUCCCAGCAAGGGCUCACCCUCGGGCUGCAGGUUUUAGCUGCCAACCCCACGUCCCAAAGCAGCACCGGCCCCCAGACACACGUCCCAGGUCUACAGAUACUCAACAUCCAUCUUCCCGCCCUCAUUCCUUCUCUUAGCCCUCUCUCUGCCCUCAGUCCUCUCCCUGGCUCGUCAGAGAGGCAGGGCAGCCCCGAAGCUCCAGGAGCACAGCCAUCUCGAUAUGAACACGGGCUCGGUUCCUCGCAGAGCUGCACGCCCACCUCGCCGCCCGCCCCUUCGAAGGUCAGCAGCUCCCCAGGACUGUCCACAGGCAGCAGGGCAAGCUCCGGAGGCAGCGGCGGAGCAGAGCUCACACACACUGUUGAGAGGGAGGGACGGAACAAACCCCCACAGCAGCCUCCCUCACCUGCUCCACAGAGCCGAGCAGACAGUGCUAAGGGGUCGCCAGUAGAGGGAGCUAGUGACCCUGCACCUCAAAGACCACCGCCAGUGACCAGCUGGCAGAAGGUGAUCGAUGACUAUAACGAGGUGUCCAGUGAUGAUGAAGACAGACUGGUCAUUGCCACCUGAAAAAACUGAAGUGGAAAAAGCUCUUCUUGUUCUCUUUUUUUUGUAAUUCUCGUCACUUUGUAAGACUGAAAACACUUUUCUGGGGGUUUGUUUCUUAACGGAUCACCCUUCAAAGCACAGAUGCUGACAUUCAUAUUGUAUGUGCAAUCAUAUGAUGAUUAUAUUGAUGACCAAUCAUUUUAUUUUUACUUUUUUUUGUCAGCUCCAGACAUUUUCUCCUUUUUUUUUGUACAUGUUGUAUAGACAAUUGUGCCUUUUAUGGAGUUUCUUGUUGAGGGAAACUGUAAAUAAUUCCUCAUGAAUUCAGUAGUCGCUUGUGUUUAUUUCAAAACAUAGAAGUAAAGAAAGGCAAAACAACGGAGGGUAUCAAUUUCAUUUUGGAGGAUUUGUCAUUCGUAAAAAAAAUUAUGGAAUUAUAAAUGUUGUACUGGUAUAUGUACAUUUCUAUGGAUUAUGGGGCAAUGUUUCUGUGUACAGAUGUUGUGUUCAACUAUUUAUUAUAAUCCAUCUAGUGCCCAUUGAUGAUUCACAAGUCCAUAGGUAUGUGCAUUAUCGUAGCUUUACAUUUCUGUAUCAAUAUUCUUAACUGUAUCAGUAAAAAAAUUUGUUUACAAACAAUAAAGUGGUGUCACUGUAUAUUGAAACACAUAAGCAAAAAUAUAUUCACUGAAUAUUG